GGUUUAUAAAAUUAUAGUGAGAGAGAGAGAGAGAGAGAGUAAAGCCUCCUCUAUUUGACCUUCUCCUUCCUCAUGUAAGGCACCAAAUUCUCAGUCGUUUAAUUUUCUCCAUACCUCUUUCACCUCUUUUCUUUUAAUUUAUUCCCACCUAGAGAGAGAGAGAGAGAGAAUGAUGGGAGUGUUGAAAGAAGAGAAAAUGGUGAAGAAGGUGGUGGUAGUGAUCCCUAGAUGGAUGAAAACCCUCAUAUUCUUAAUCAACAUGCUCAUAUCUCUACUCCUAUUCUCCGCCGCCCCCAUCCUCCUCCUCCUCGCCGACGCCCUCCUCCCCUCCGCCUGCUUCUCCGCCGCCCUCCCGCCGUCGUCCCUCUCCUUCUCCUCCCACCUCACCAACUACGACUUCCGCCGCUCCCUCGUCGACAUCCCCCUCCUAUCCCUCACUCGCUCCGCCAUCAUAUUCUGUGUGUAUGGUUUGUGCGACGGGCCGACGCUGUCGAGGGGCCCGUACUUGGCGAUCGCCACCGUGUGCUCGGCGGCGUCGCUGGCGUUCGUGUCGCUUAAGGCUCCCUACGUAUUCAUCGGCGGCGAGGAUCGCGGUGGCGGAGGCUCAUUCGCGACAGCAAUGGUGGUGGCGCUGUUCGUUUCCUCGGCGGGAUUGGCGAUCGGCCACGUGGCGGUGGCGUACAGGAUUUGCUGUAGGGAGAGAAGAAAGCUGCUCGUUUACAAAAUUGAUAUCGAAGCCGUAUCCGCAUGCAAUAUUAUAAUUCCUAGACAUCAUCAAAAGAUACUUCAAUUUUAACAGGACUCCAAUUUUCACCAGCCCAAGUAAUUAGGUUUCAGGUUUGUCCGAAGGGGUGGACUGUGAAGGCAUACACGGUCAAGAAAUUAUAGAAUUUAGACAUAGAUUAGACGUAUAUAUACGAUGUUUUUCUAUAAUACGUAGUAUAUACACAAAAUUAUAAGUGUAUAGUGAUUUUGCAGUAUGUCCCAACGAACAAUCAAAUAUUGAGACAUGCAUCGGCUUAAUUAUAGAGGUUGUCAACUGUAACAUGUAAUUAAAAUUUAAAUAGAUGUGGAAUUAUGUCAACUUCAAGAA